CAAUAAAAUCCUCAUAUUUAUUUAAAUUGCAAACUGUCCCCAUUCUCGAACUCUUUUUUUUGCCUUUGGGGGGUUUUGAAUCUUUCAUACUCGGUUUCCUUUGGCCUCCUUCCCUCCCAGUCCCAGUCCCAACCCCAGUUCCUUCGAACUGGUAAAAACGCAAAUCCAAGUCCAGAAAGAGAGAGACGCUAAGAUGGUGACGUCUCCCGUAGUGAACACCUAUCCACUUUCGAGCUACACCUUCGGGACCAAAGAGCCAAAAAUGGAGAAGGACACUUCUGUAGCUGAUCGCCUUGCUCGCAUGAAAGUCAACUAUAUGAAGGAAGGGAUGAGGACGAGCGUGGAAGCGAUUUUACUGGUUCAGGAACACAAUCAUCCCCACAUUCUUUUGCUGCAAAUAGGAAACACAUUUUGCAAACUUCCGGGUGGACGACUGAAGCCUGGCGAGAAUGAAAUAGAGGGCUUGAAAAGGAAGCUGACCAGUAAGCUCGGUGCAAAUUCACCUACCCUUGUGCCGGACUGGCAGAUAGGUGAGUGUGUGGCUAUCUGGUGGAGGCCAAACUUCGAGACCAUAAUGUAUCCAUACUGCCCUCCGCAUAUAACGAAACCUAAGGAGUGUAAGAAGCUUUUUCUUGUUCACUUAUCUGAGAGAGAAUACUUUGCAGUUCCAAAGAACUUAAAACUUCUUGCUGUUCCAUUAUUUGAACUGUAUGAUAAUGUUCAGAGAUAUGGACCAGUUAUAUCCACCAUUCCACAGCAGCUUUCAAGAUUCCAAUUCAAUAUGAUUACUACAUAAAUUUGCAUGUCAUCGAAAGUCCCUCGACAGCACAAAGCUUAUACAGCUUUAUACCUUGAUAUAAGUUUGCGGAUUACGGGAGCUCAUACUUGGACUUUGAUUCAUAAAUUAAACUCUAGUUAGGUUUUUGUGAGGGUUCUAUUAUGCAGAUGACUGAAAAGCUUAUCUCUGGUAUGGUUUCAUAGAUCAUCUAUCUAUCUUUAAUUUUUUAAGAACGUUGGCUAGUGUCUUUGUGAUAGUUGUGGUAUCUUUGUUCUAACAUAAUUUAUGCGGAAAUUUUUGGAGUUCUUAAUUUAUAAUUAAGAGUUAUUUCUACUUA